AAGAAACCGUAGAAGAAGAAAAGCUGAGAAGCGGCAUCAGUUGGAUGCUGUGUUUGUAUUAGCAUCAGCACCGUUAGCUUCGCCUGCCGCGGAUUUUAUGCGUUUGUUUGGAGGUUUAGUUGGAUUAACUAUUCGUCUGCACCUGAACAGGUAAAAACACGUGACUCUGACGGCAGGUCUGAGGUGGAUCUGUCUGAGCUGAUAUGAGCACUUCUGCUCAGAGGAAGAGGAGGAGGCCCGGUGAACCUCCAGCCUCCAGAACCGGAUCCAAGACCAGCAGAGUGGCUAAUGCUAACAGGACGGCUAACCCUGUGGAUGCCACCCCCCCCACAGAGACCAUCAACGUGAUGGACAACACUGAAGACAGUGUGGAGGAGGUGGUGGAUCUGACCUGUGAAGGAUCUGAACCUCUGACCGUGGUCGACCUGACGCACAGCGACUCUGUACUGCUGGUGGACGAAGGUCCUCAGAACAGAACAGCAGCGCAGAGUUACAUAGUGAGCAGUGAUGAAGAUGAAGACACGCCCCCCCUUCUCAACGCCGCUCUGAUGUCAUCACUACGGGACAACAGCCGGGCCAGGUGUACUCCAGGGACCAUCAGCUGUCCUGUCUGCAUGGACUCGUACUCUGAGAUCGUAGACAGCGGCCGAUUGGUGGUUUCUACCAAGUGUGGUCACGUGUUCUGUAGCCAAUGUCUGAGAGACACUCUGAGCAGGUCGCACACCUGUCCCACCUGCAGGAAGAAACUGACCCCCCGCCAGUACCACCCCCUGUAUGUCUGACAUCACACACCUGAGGACCGCCCCCUACAGGUCUGACAUCAUCAAACACCUGAGAACCGCCCCCUGCAGGUCUGACAUCAUCACACACCUGAGAACCGCCCCCUGCUGUUCUGACAUCAUCACAGACCUGAGGACCGCCCCUAAACGUGUCCACCAUAUUGACAGUCUCAAUAUUUCCUGCAUCUUUUGUUCAAUUUGCUUAAGUUAAAACAAUAAAACCAGAAAAUGUAGAAACUAA